GUCAGAUGUCGUGUCAACAUGGCGGCGAGUGGAGAAAGCAUGACCGGUGAAAAUGAAACUUGUGAUGAAACUGCAUCUUCAACAGAAACCGCAGAAGUCGAAUGCUUCACGAUCGAGGUUCUGCAGUUAGUGAAAGAAGCACGGCAGCAACAUGGCCUUAGACAUGGAGAUUUUCAGAGAUACAGGGGCUACUGUUCCAGAAGGAUCCGUCGCAUUAGAAAAUCUUUGCAUUUUCCUCAAGGCACCAAACAUAGAGUGCAGCCAAAAAAGAUUCAAGUGGAAAAUUUGACAGAUGUCAGAUUUCUACAUUUGCCACUCUUUUGUGCAGAGAGAGCAUGGUUUUAUGCCAUGCAGUUGAAGGCAGAAGCCAAUACAGAGCCACGGAAGCGAUUCCAUAUGAUGUCGCGUAUCAGGAAGGCAGUGACUUAUGCUGAGGAGUUUCAGGAGCUAUGUAAAAGCCCUAAAUGUGAUGCCAGAACCAAAUUAGAAUGCCAGGGAUAUGUGAUGUGGAUGAAGGCUGGGAUGCAGUUUGAAAGUGAAAACUGGGCAAGCGCCAUAGAAUACUACACAGAAACAAAAACAAUAUAUGAGAAGUUGGCCAGCGCAUUCACCGAGGAACUUCAGUCCGUCUACCUACAGCAGGUAGAGGAAGUUACUCCCAACAUUCGUUACUGUGCGUACAACAUCGGGGACGAGUCUGCCAUCUCAGAACUCAAGCAGAUGCGACGCAGAGGAGGAGAGAACCAGUUCACUUCGCAUCUGGAUGAUCUACUUUCACAAACCCGAGAGAAGCAGGCAGCUACUCUAUCAGAGUUUCCAUGGCGGGGACGUACUGUGCCUGUGAAAAGUGAGCCUGUCCGUUUGUUCCUGCUCAACCUUCAGGAGAGCAUCAAGGAGAUUGAGAGUGCAGAGAGCACUGACAGUAAAGUAUCCAUUUACGAGAGUCUGCUGAAGCAGUGUAUUGAAGCCCAGCAAGUCCUUCGGGAUGCCUUACAAGAAGAUGCUAACUUCAAAUCAGCCAUCCGAGGUCAGAGUUUCGAAGGGAAGAUAUCAAAUCAACAUUAUCUUCAUACCUAUCUCUCCUAUACACGACUCACCAAGACUGUAGAACGUAAUCUGCUUCUAAUAGAAUCACUCAAAAACUACCUGCCUUGGAAACAGGUGCAGGAAGGCAGAAAGAUCACCAAGCCUCAGGAUUUAGUCAGGUUGUACGACAUAAUGAUACAGAAUCUUUCAGAAAUUCCAGCUUUACCUGGUCUAGAAGAAGAUUCAUCACUAGAGGAGGAAAUGGAGGCCAGGAUAUUAGGGUUUAAAGCAUUUAGGUCAUAUUAUAUAGCUCAAUCAUAUGUUGGCGCCAAGAAAUGGACAGAAGCAAUCGCAUUGAUGGAGAGAUGUCUAACAUACUUGGGGUCAUCUAGAGAUGGUUUCAAGAAGUUACCAAAGGCAAUGGCAUUGAUGUACAAGUGCGAAAUGGACAAUUUAGAAGACCUUGAAAAGUUAGUGGAAGGACAGAAGUAUUCCUGCCAUGCCAGAAGUAUAUUGGAUGUCAAUGAUGUUACAGACCAAUUUAGUACCAUAUCUUUUAAUUCUAAAACGCCUCUUGUGGACCGUCUUGACCAGUAUGUUAAUGACAAGUCGCUGACCAGUAAGAAACCAAACAUAGCUUCUUUCCCACCAGACUUUGAACCAAUUCCCUGUAGGCCUCUGUUUUUUGAUCUGGCUCUGAACAACUUGGAGUUCCCGUCCCUGGAGGACAAGGUGGAACAGAAAAAGUCCGGUAGUGGCAUCACCGGGAUGGUGAAGGGCUGGCUGUGGGGUGGUGGCAAAAAGUGAACCACACAGUACUGGAUAUCCGAUUCUUAUGGAGAUAUUGAAAACGUGAUAUGUGUUCAAUUAAAAUGCUUGGAUUUAAAAACACUAGCAAGCAUUAUGAGUACUGUAUGUGCAGUCAUAUUUGUGAAAUAAUGUUUUUCUUCCAUUUUUAGUGAUUUUUUUUAAAAACUUUGUUCCUGUUUCUUUAAUUAUGAUUAAAAUAUAAUUGUAAUUAUUAAUUAAAUGGACACGUCUACAGUCAAUGCAUUAUCUGUUAUUAGAAAGCAAAAAACAAGAAGGUUACCUAGUGGCAUUAAUGUAUUGCUAAAAAUUGUUUCCUAUGAUACAAUUGAUGCACAUGUAUUAUAAGUAAAACUGAGUUGAAAGGGGA